AUGAACGGUACGAGCAAUCAGACGACGGUCUCGGUGAACAUCGAGAAGAAACUGUAAGUGGGCUGAGUCUGAGAGGCCGAACUGGAAACGGUUUCAGCGCCGAAAUCAAUGAAACGUUGGCUUCGAUCAGUGCGAAAGAAGUACUCUUCAUCAUCACUUUGAGCUUUUUGGCAAUGUUCGCCGCCGUCAACAUGUGUCUGCUUAUCCUGGAGAGAAGAAAGAAGAAGAAACAGAACUUGGUGCCGCAAGCAAUUGUCAUUCAGCCGAACAAUACGAAAUCGGAGAAGGGAGGACGGAGCGACCGGACAAAAAUGUCGACGACUUACGAGAAGGACGUGCUGCCGUCGAAGUCGAUGAAGAUGAAAGUGGCCAUCUCUCCGAGCAUGUCGACCGCCAAAAAGGUCCGCGUCGCCCCGAAAGAGACCGUCUCCGAAGACAGUCAGAUAUCGAAGACCGAGUCGGAAAAGACUGCGUCGAAAAGAUCGUCGACGACCGAUCUUACGACCGCCGUCGAGCCGAUGCCUUCUUCGUCGCUCUCCGCUCUGCCUGCCGCCCCUGCUCCAACCGUUCCGUCUUCUUCGGCUGCUCCGAUCGCGAGUGCCGAUAAGUCACAACCGAAUGACUCGAUGACGUCGUUCACAGUGCAGGAGGAGGUCUCCAACCGCACCAAAAACGUGUCCCUGGCCCUCGGCCCAAAGGAUCCUGCCCCGCCGUCCACCCCGACUGCCACAACUCUUUCCGGAACCUCCUCCACUGCUCCUCUCGAGAGUUCUCACUCUAAAUCAGCGGAUCUGUCGACUGCCAAAGAGCCCGUUCCAGUAGUGUCUCACUAGUAUUCUCGGAAACUCCCGUGUUUUCAGGCCAACUCUCCGGCAACCCCAGUCCGCACUCCAGAAACUUCCGCGGCUCCGAUUGCUCCGAUCAUCGCGAAGACGCCGCCUCCGAAUAAUGAGAAAAAGGUUUGAGAUCGUACUCGAUUCAUUCAAAACAUCUCAGCGAUGCGUUCAAGAUUUGA